AUGACAGAAAGGAAGAGAAUCACAAAUAAUAAUAAUCCCGAAGAAUUUGCUUCUGCCAUAAAUAAAAUUUUGAAAAGUUCGAUUAAAUCGACAACUGCUACAGAUCAAAAAAUAACACCAAUCUUAUCACGUUCUAAAGGAAUUGAACAACGAAUUGAUGAAGAGAAACUUGAAUACCGGACACGUAAAGCCUCUAAUAUAGAAAAAAAAAAACUCGCUUCAAAAGAUAGAAUAAAAUAUGAUUUCACUACUAUUGACAGAGAGAGAAAAUUGAGAAAAAUAGCUACUAAAGGAGUUGUGGAUGAAGCUGUAAAAGAAGUUGGAGGUAGCCAGAAAUUGACUUCAAGAGAAGCUAAAGAUGUGGCAAAUAUGUCAAAGGACAUAUUUUUGGAAAUUCUAAAAGGAGAACACAACUCGGAAUCAUGUGAUGAAUAA